AGAGGGAGAGAGAGACUGAGACCCCUGAGAGAGGGAGAGGAGAGAAAGAAGAGAGAUGGCUCGAGCGCUAUUGACGAUGAUGGUUGUGUUGUCGGCGACAAUGGUGAUGACGAAGACGGUGAUCUCAGCUAAAGAGCAGCUAAGCACGAAGGAAUGCGAGGAUCUGGGAUUCAGUGGUCUCGCUCUCUGCUCCGAUUGCCAUACACUCGCUGAGUAUGUGAAGGACGAAGAGUUGGUGUCUGAUUGCUUGAAAUGUUGCACCGAUGACUCCGAAGAUUCCAUGAGCAAGAUUACAUACUCGGGUGCUAUACUUGAGGUCUGUAUGAGAAAGUUGGUCUUCUAUCCUGAAAUCGUUGCCUUUAUCGAAGAAGAGAAAGAAAAGUUCCCUAGCGUGAUAGUUCAGUAUAUUUUCAACUCACCACCCAAGUUGAUCAUGCUGGAUGAAGAUGGUCAGCACAAGGAAACAAUUAGGAUUGACAACUGGAAACGUGAGCAUAUACUGCAGUUCAUUCGAGAGAAGGUCAAGCCGCCUACUUCAGCAAGCUAGUGCCGCCCCUCGUAUGAAAUGACGGAGAAAGAUGUUCUUCCAUGUCACAUUUAUGAACACGAAACUUGAUUCGAUCAAACAGCUAAUAUAUGGUGAGAUCAGUUUCUCUUUUCUACUAGAUCCCGAACAAUGCAAUCCCCUUUGCAGGUCGUGAACCUUUGCUAUUCGAUUUCCAUGGUUGGUACUUCAUCUGUGAUCCUAUGAAAGAUAUUAUGAAAUGACAUGCUUUGCUGCUUCUUGUGAACAGAACCUAUCAUUCAUGUCAUGCCUUGUCGUAAUGCAAAAUGGUCCUUGUAUGGGUUCA